AUGUUUAGAGCAAAUGCUUUGGCCGAGGAUCUUGUAGCUCUUCAGUCCAAGUUCAACGAUUCCAACCCUACAGUGAAAGAAUUACAAAAUCAAAUUUCCGAUUUAAAUCAUGCAUGUUGCAUCAAAGAUUCUCAAAACCAAAAACUCGAACAUAAAAUUGAUGAACUCAUUGAUGAAAUCAAGUUUUAUAAAGUUAAGGUUUACAGAAUUGAUCAAUCCAACAAGCAAAUCUUUUUAAACAAACCAAGAGAUUUUGAAGAUUUCACUAAAGGGUUAGGAUUUGAAGAUCCAAAGAACUUACUCACUGGACAACUCAUUGUACCACCCCUGUAUGAUGAGAACAUGAUGCGGUAUGGUCUACUCAGUCAAUUUGUCCGACCCUGUUAUAAUGAUUUUGAUACAGAAGAACAAUUAUCCAAAUGUGAAGUUAAAAUUAACUAUGAUCACAUCAAUGAUUCAUAUGAUUUGUUUAAUCUUCCACUUUGUCCUAAAAACAAAAAACACUCGGUUAUAAUUGUCGAAUUAGAUGAAAACUCAAAUGAAAGCUCAACUGAUAUACCAACUGUUGAGCAGUCAUGUGAGUCCAAAUCUAAAAAGGAAAUAAUUCCUCCAAAACCAACUCCAGUACGACCAUACAUUCCACAAAGUGUUUUGGAAGAUUUGAAACAAACAUUAAAUGAGAAACAAAGUGUGAUAGAUGCUCUUCAGUCUCAAAAUCACUAUAACAAAGAUGUCCCUGAUAUUGAAUUUCAAACUUCCAGUGUUGUCUAUGACUGUUCCGAUCUUAACUCUCCAGUAUGUGUUGUCUUGAAUCCCACACCUUGCUCUUCUGUUGGUAGUACUAGUGAAUGUAUUGAUGCUUCUGUGCAAACUAACUGGGAUCAUGUUAAGACCUACAAUGCUGCCACCCAAACCAAACAAGACAACAUGAAUUGCAAUGACCAUGAUGAAGAAGAAAAAGUGUCAGUGGAUCAAUCUGAACAUGUCUUUCCAAAUGUUUUUAAUACUGGACCACUUCAAUUUUCUGAAGAAACUCAAUCUUAUCUAAGUGAAAUUGAUUCUGUUACCAAAAGAUUUGAACUUGAAAGAAUUCAACGUUUAAGCCUUUUAACUGAAGUUAAUAAACUUAAGAUAGAAGUGGAGUAUAAAAACAUUGUACUUCAACCUUUUGCAAAUAAUGACAAGGAAAAGGCGUCAAAGUUACUACAGUCUGGUCCUUUCUCAAAGUUUUUGAAAGUAACUCGUACUUUGGAUACUUCCAUUGAUACUACUCCUUCGUCAACCCAAUCAACUGAAACAUCCAUUCAAGUUCAAGUCUACUUGAAUGAAAUUGCUGCAUUGACAAAAGCUUUAGAAAAGGAAAAGCAAAGCAAAAUCGCCAUAUACGACUCUCAUCAACAAGACAAAAAGGUUUUUCAAAAUAAAUCAACCAUUUUUGCAACUAAAGAAUGGCGAUAUUGCAAAAUCAUCAAAGAACUAAAUGGUUACAAACCUGAGUUACCAAAUGUCAAAGCAACAAAGUCAUUCAAUGAGACUUCGAUGUCCUUAAAGACCAAUGUCCCUAGUGUGACUAAAGAACCCAAUCAAAAGAACCCAAAGUCUGACUUAGAUCUUUCAAAUCUCCCGGAUCUUGACAACUUCUUGGAAGAAAAUGACACUUAAGAUCCUGAAUUGGAAAGAAAAUUUGUUAACAAGGAGAAAAAGGAAGAUCCCUUAUUAAGAAAGACUCCCAACAAAUACCCCAUACCAGCCACUUAUUUACCAAGGAAGACACCAUGGAGAAAAAUCACUAGUUCAAACCUGAAGCUCUCCGACAAUACCACAAAGACAAUUAACUCUUCAAACACUCCUGUCAAACCUAACACCUCAUCACCAAAAAGAAAACUUACCAAAAUGAAACUGUCACAACAACCAAAGGAUAGAAAGUACCCUAGCUUUACCAAAACUCAUCUACCCAAACCUAAACUCACUGUUAUUAAAGAUGAUUCUGGGAAGGUCACCAGAUGUCAAGAUCAGUACGGUGACUUGUGCUUAGAUUGUCGAAGUAAAUGGCUCCCUAAAGAUAGACACUUAGCUGCAUCUAGGAGAGUCGAGCAUGAUAAAGAGUCAACUCCUGUGAAACAAGUGUGGAGAGUUCGUAGGACUAAUUCUUUAGAUAAUCCCAAGUCUUGUAAGACUAGUUCUAUUUAAUCUCUCUUCUUUUGAAACAAUUUUAAAUGUCUGUAAUUUGUAAUCCUCGUUUGAACUAAGUGACCGUGUUUUGUUUCUUUAAUAAAUGUAUGAAUGUUUUAUGUGUUUA